GACACCGUUUCACUUCCUGUUAGAAUCCACAACAGAGCCGAAGCAGACAAGCUAAUUGAUUUUAGCAACUCAUAGUCAACACACGUGAAUGUAGCAUACACACUGACACACCGCAAUGAUUCCUUACACGGUCAACAUCAAACUCGCGGCUCGGACGUUGACUGGCACUCUCAAUUUGCAGAAUAAAACCGCGGUAGAUUGGGGCGUGCAGGGGCUGAUAGCUCAGGGAUGUCACUCCAGUAUUCUCAUCAUCGAUCCAAAGACAGCCCAGACCAUCCAGGUUCUAGAAAGGCACAAAGCCAAUGUGGUCAAGGUGAAAUGGUCCAGAGAAAACUACUACCACAACUUGAGCUCACCCUACUGUCUGCGGCUGGCUUCCGGAGAUGCCUCAGGGAAGAUCAUCGUGUGGGAUGUGGUCAGCGGCACUGCCCAUUGUGAAAUCCAGGAGCACUCCAAACCUAUCCAAGACUUGGAGUGGUUGUGGAAUCAGGAUGCGUCUCGUGAUCUGCUGUUAGCUGUCCACCCUCCCAACUACAUUGUCUUGUGGAACGGAGACACGGGCACGAAGCUGUGGAAGAAGAGCUAUGCAGAAAACAUCCUCUCCUUUUCUUUUGAUCCCUUUGACCCAUCCAACAUGGCAUUGCUGACCAGCGAAGGAAUAGUCUUUAUCACAGACUUUACCCACUCCAAACCCCCAGGCAGCGCUGGCAAAAAGGUCUACAUUGCCAGCCCCCAUGCGAGCCCUGCCCACACCAAACCUGCCCCUGCUGCUGCCCCAGCCCCCACUGGUGCCAAGAAGGCCCUCAACAAGGUCAAAGUGCUCAUCACCAACGAAAAACCCACUGCGGAGGCCGUGACUUUGAACGACUGUCUGCAGCUGUCCUACCUGCCAUCCAAGAGGAACCACAUGCUGCUGCUUUAUCCCAGAGAGAUCCUCAUCCUGGACCUGGAGCUCAGCCAGACGGUCGGUGUAGUGGCCAUCGAGCGCUCCGGGGUGCCCUUCAUUCAGGUUAUUCCCUGUGCACAGCGGGACGCCCUCUACUGUCUCCACGAGAAUGGUUGUAUCACCCUUCGAGUGUGUCGCUCCACUUACACUACUGAGGAAGCAGCAGAUCCAGAACAAAGUGUCCAGGAGCUCGUGUACGACCUUCGCUCUCAGUGCGAUGCAAUCCGUGUCACCAAGACAGUCCGGCCGUAUCGCAUGGUUAUCUGCCCUGUCAAUGAAAACAAUGCUGGGCUGAUGGUCAGCGACGGCAGAGUCAUGCUGUGGGAGCUGAAAGCUCAUACUGGCAAAUCGGCAGCCAAUCCUAGUUCGGGUCUGUCGCCGCUCUACUCCCCCGUGUCAUUUUGUGGAGCUCCACUGGGUCCAAAACAAAAAAGGAUCCAGGAUCUCUGUCUUAACAGCAUGAUCGGCCAGACCAUGAUGGCUGGUGAGGCUCUUCCUCCAUCAUCCAACCCCCAAGAGGUCCAGUUGAAGUUCCUGCUGACAGGCCUGCUCUCUGGUCUGCCGCUGCCACCGUUUGCCAUCCGCAUGUGCCCACCACUUACCACCAAAAACAUCAACCACUACCAACCCCUGCUGGCUGUCGGCACGAGUAAUGGGUCUGUACUGGUCUAUAACCUGACCAGUGGUCUUCUCCACAAAGAACUAAGUGUCCACUCUUGUGAAGUCAGGGGGAUUGAAUGGGUGAGUCUCACCAGUUUUCUGUCUUUUGCCACAUCUGCCCCCAACAACAUGGGCCUGGUGCGAAAUGAACUGCAGCAUGUCGACCUUUCUACUGGCAGAUGCUUUGCAUUCAGAGGUGAGCGAGGAAAUGAUGAGCCACCCAUUGAGAUGAUUAAAGUGUCCCAUCUCAAACAGUACCUGGUGGUGGUGUUCAGAGACAAACCCCUGGAGCUUUGGGGCACCAGGACGGGGACACUUCUCCGGGAGAUGGCUAAGAACUUCCCCACUGUUACUGCUCUGGAGUGGUCCCCGUCCCACAACCUGAAGAGUCUAAAGAAGAAGCAAAUGGCGGCAAGGGAGGCCAUGGCUCGGCAGACGGUGUCAGACGCCGAGCAGAGCAGUGUUGAAUCAUCAGUCAUCAGCCUCCUGCAGGAUGCAGAGAGCAAGUCAGAGACGAGCCAAGCCAUCUCAGCCAGGGAGCAUUUUGUGUUCACUGACACAGACGGGCAGGUCUACCACAUCACCGUAGAGGGCAACACAGUCAAAGACGGUGCCCGAAUUCCCCCUGAUGGUAGUAUGGGCAGUAUCGCCUGCAUUGCCUGGAAAGGUGACACCCUGGUUCUCGGAGAUGUGGACGGCAAUCUUAAUUUCUGGGACCUCAAAGCUCGUUUGUCCAGGGGAAUACCGACACAUCGUGGCUGGGUGAAGAAGAUUCGCUUUGCACCAGGGAAGGGCAACCAAAAGCUGCUGGUUAUGUACGCGGAUGGAGCAGAGGUCUGGGACACCAAAGAGGUCCAAAUGGUCAGCAGCACACGUAUCGGUCGCAACGUGAACUACCGCAUUCUAGACAUCGACUGGUGCACAUCAGACAAGGUGGUGCUGGCCUCUGACGAUGGCUGUAUCCGAGUGCUGGAGAUGGCCAUGAAGUCUGCCAGCUACCGUAUGGACGAACAAGACCUGACUGAUCCAGUGUGGUGUCCUUACCUCCUGGUGCCCCGAGCUGCUCUCACCCUGAAGGCGUUCCUUCUGCUGCAGCCCUGGUCAGGAACCUUCACCAUGGACAUCACUCAAGUAGACUACAAUGAGAAAGACGAGAUAAAAGGCCUCAUCCAGGAGCAGCUCAACUCCUUGUCGAAUGACAUGAAGAGUGUGCUGCUGGACCCGGAGUUCAGUCUGUUGCAGCGGUGCCUCCUGGUCUCACGGCUGUUUGGGGAUGAGUCAGACCUUCACUUCUGGACAGUGGCCUCCUACUACCUUCAGUCAUUUGCCCAGGCUCGUCAGCUAAGUGUGUCCACUGCAGAGGGUCAGGCCCCAAAUGAAGGAGCCCAGCCAUCGCCACAGAACCACCUGGACAUCUGCCAUGACAUCCUGUGUGAGAGCUCUUACUUCCAGAAGUUCCAGUUGGAUCGGGUUCACCUGCAGGAGGUGAAGCGCACCAGUUAUGAUCACACCAAGAAAUGUGCUGACCAGCUCCUCCUGCUGGGUCAGACGGACAGGGCGGUGCAGUUACUGCUGGAGACGAGCGCAGACAACCAAAACUACUACUGCGAUUCGCUCAAGGCCUGCCUAGUGACCACCAUCACCUCCUCGGGCCCCUCACAGUCCACAAUCAAACUAGUGGCCACCAACAUGAUCGCCAACGGCAAGCUAGCAGAGGGAGUACAGCUGCUGUGUUUGAUUGACAAGGCAGCCGACGCUUGCCGCUACUUGCAGACCUACGGGGAGUGGAACCGAGCCGCCUGGCUGGCUAAGGUGCGUCUCAGUGCAGCAGAGGGCUCAGACGUGCUGAAGCGCUGGGCAGAGCAUCUCUGCUCCCCGCAGGUCAACCAGAAGUCCAAAGCCAUCCUGGUGCUACUUUCACUGGGCUGCUUCUACAAAGUGGGAGAGAUGCUCCACAGUAUGAGGCAUUUUGAUCGCGCUGCCCUCUUUAUCGAAGCCUGUCUGAAGUACGGGGUCAUGGAGGCCAAUGACUCUUCCAAUAAACUUAUCGAGGCUGCGUUCUUGGAGUAUGCGCGGCUGCUACGCUCGCUGGGCCUGCGGGAGGGUGCUGCCUUGUGGGCAUCGCGGGCCGGCAGUGCCGGGGAGCAGCUGAUGGAGGAGCUGUUCCAGGGAGAAGGAGGCGUUCCAGAUGCCCUUCUGGCCGAAGAAGAUGUUGAGCUGGGCAAGGAGAGUGCUGAGUGACCUCAAGUACGGGUGGUUUCAGUCUAACAGAACGUUUGUGAAUUAACUUUGUGUCAGCAUCCAGGGGAGUCAUGGUCAUCAUCUCCAGAACAAGAGAAGAAGAUAUAAGUUUCCUCCAUGUGAAGUUGUCAGUCGGUCUGUGUCUGUGACUGUACUGAGUUUCUUAAUGUUUGUUAUGAACAGUGUGUGUAGGUGUGCAUAUGUGUAUGCAUGCAACAGCCCCAAAAGAUACUUGAGUCCUGAUUUCCCCCCCAACAAGUGAAAUAAUACACAUUGUUGUUAUUCACCUUGAUUGUGGUGCGUAAUUUAGUUGGUUCAUGAAUUCAACUAGUUAUUUUUUUUAAUGGUUGCUUGUUAAACGUUAUUUUGUGUGCCUGUAAUAAUAAUAUCAAAGUACUGUUGCACCUCUGCGCUGAGAUUAAAUGUGGCAGAUUAAAAUUAAAUCAAAUUAAUCCGUUUACUAUUUCAUUUUGAAAAUGCCCUGCCAUUAUAUAUAUAUAAAUAUAGGGCCCCAUAACUGCUCCAUGCCUAUUCUAUGACUGAAUUCCAAAAUUAUAUUUUUUGUACCUUUCAUUUAACCAAAAACACCACAUAAUUGAAUUAUAGUUAAAUGAGGCAUGGUGUUGACACACAGCAGUCUGGAUGUUUUCUCUACAGCAGGUGGUGCUGUAUAAAUGUCCAAAGCCUGCCACCGCACACCCCUCUGCAGAUUGUAAAAUGAGUUAGCCGGGCCACCAUGCACUCAUUACACAUUUAUUAGUAUAUUAUCUUCCCGCACACAGAGGGGAGAAGAAUCGGACCGCCUCCACCUGAGUGACUCCAUUUAAUUAGCUUGUGUUGAGUUCAGCUCAGUUAAAUAGAUGCUGGUUGUCCAUUAAUCCAAAUGGGAGUUUUAGUGUGUGCUACAUGAAGAGCUGUCAAAUUGUGUUGUAACUCAUUUGACCUCUGAUGGAUCAUUUAUACACGAAACAAUAACGUACGCUGCUCCCACCGUUGCACUUCACAAUCACUAAACCUGACGCACAGUUUAAGAGUUAGUUUGGACUUGCCCCCACGACUCCUCUGCUCUCGCUUUUUCCUCAUUUUUAUAUCUACUGACCUUUAAAAUCAUCUGUAUGAUUUCGUUUUUCAAUUGCCCUUUAACGUGUUAAGUCGUCCUCAAAUGAGACACUUACUCCAUCCACGGGACUUUUAGUGUGUUAUUGUGUUUCAUAAACACGUCAGUGUUGUGUCUCUUCUGUUUUACCCCAGGCAAUGUCACUAUGGCAACCCCGGCAUAUAGUUGGGGGACUACAUGUUAUUACUGUAGAUCCAUUCCACAUAGCCCCUCGAACAUACUGUUGGAUCGCAAAGAGAGCCAACCAGCAGAGCCUCGUCUGAAGUUAACCUGCUGCUGUGUAUCCUCCUCCAACCAUGUGAUGCAGUAUUGUGAAAGCGACAUGUACUGUUGUUAUUAUUAUUAUUAUUAUCAUUAUUGACACUUGCUGCUUUUCUUUGUACUCAGAAGAACUUUACAAAGUAAUGCUGUCAGGUGAGAAGACAUUCCUUAAACUCUGGUGUUUUGUAAGAAGACAACAGAUCCUUGUGAUGGUGUCGAAGAUUAGCCUUUUCUCAUUGUUCUCUGUCCAUUGUUUACACAGUGAUCCUACUGUGAUGCUUUAAUCUAUAUAAAUAUUACGAGAGAAGAAAAAGAUAUAUGUAUAUAUGGAUGGCAAUAAAACCAAUAUAAUUAA